CCCCCCCCCCCCCUCCAAGGGCCACAUCAUGGCACUGCAAUGGCAUGAAGCCAUGUGUCACGUCAACAAAUGGCCGUGGUGUCGUCUUGUACACACAUUCAAGAUACCACGUUGUCCAUAAAGAGUCUUCCUGAUUGUCGUGCAAGGAUAUCCGAUGGGCUACCGGUACAUGUACUCUACUAUUGCUGGCUAGGUCGAGUAUCGUUGGCCGCCCGUGCCAGUUGAAGGAUCAUCAAUUGUCAACGCACCUUAGUUUUUCCUGACUAGCUGUGGCUCGCCUCUAUGUUUUCCCUUAUUUCUGCUUUUUUUGUUUCAAGGCAGCUUUUUUCUCGCCACAGCCGCAUUUUUUCAUUAUUUUUCUACUCCACCGAUUGUGAUCAGUAGACUACUCCAUCCCUUCUCACACCUUCUUAUUGGAACUGUCACCAUGAGCACCGGCAUCUGCGUCCGUGAUGGUAUGCUGUACAUCAAACACAGCAGCUGGAAACAAGUUACGUUGCUGCAAACAACCAAAAUGCUGCGGCAAAUUGAGACAACCGAGUCCAUCAGAGAACUUCGGCUUGAUUCCAAGCAGUGGUACGACGGAGUCUCCAAACAAGAUUUCAUCUAUGCCAUAUCCAUUGUCCAGUCGUUUGAGCGAAAUCCAUGUAUUACUAAGCUGAAGUCGAGAUGCAGCUGAACUCGAUUCAAAAGUGCCAAAAGGAAUUUAUCGAUUUUCUGGACUACGCGUCCAAGGCUAUCACUCACUUUUCCAUAUCUACGAUGCGUACAUCACAAGACAACUGGCCUUUAGAUAUCACUAUUGACACUAUUGUCAAAUCUAUUGUGUCUUUGCCAAAUCUUGAGAACCUAAGCCUGGAUUGCCAAUAUCCAAAUUUUUAUGGAGCAUUUCUCAGUGCAGUUGAAACAUCCGGCUUUCAUCCAAAGGAAUUGAAAAUUCGGCUCUCAUGCCCGAGUCUUUGUUCCAAAGCUAUCGCUUUUUUGUCAUCCACUGCACUGAUGCACACAAAGAUUGGCCUUCACUACUCUUUUGCUUGGCGCGUGUCGGAAUCUGAUCUGGUAAAGGCGUCCAUGCACUUGUCAAUGCUAUUGGCUGCCCUGAGACCAGCCAGUCAAGUCCAAGAGCUACGGAUUGCCUAUUGUCCCCAAGAAAUUAAGAAGCAGUGUGGUGAAAGCUUGAGAAUGUUCCUUUGUGACAAUGAAUUCUUGGAAACUCUAUCACUUUCUGGCGACUUUUCCUCCAAUGUCAUCACUGAACUGGUCACCGGUCUGAACCAGAAUAGGUCUGUGAAGCAGUUUAUCUUUGCAUCACACAGGUCAAACGAUCUUUCACAAAUCAUUGGAGCAUUGACGGAGCCAUCAUCACAAGGCCCUUGUGUUCAAGAAUUUCAGUUGACAUGUCACGACGAUCCAAAAGAAAGCCAAGUAAAUCAUUGGGCACCUCGCCGUUUGGUAACAAGUCCAUCGUGCAACCUGCGGAAACUAAAGCUUCGCGGUUUCAAUGCUAGCCACAUGGUCCCAGUACUGAGAGCCUUGCCGUGCUGUCAUCCAAAGUUGGAGUCUUUGGAAAUCGAGGAUACUGUUGUACAGGGCGACAAUCCAUUGCAGGUCAUGGAUGCUUUCAUCUCCGUCCUUCCAAAGAGCGGAAACUUUCCCAAUUUGAAACAGUUGGUCAUAUCGGAGGCAGUCGAGGACCUUGACUUUGAAGACGAGCCUAAUGAUGCCCUUGAUGUUGCACUAUUGGAGAAAUGGAAGGAGCUGAAGCCAAAACUCCUCCAGUCCCUGAAAAACAACAAUAUCCACUUGGAACAAGUAGAGCUUGCUGCUAUCGAUUCUGCUGGAUCAACUGAGGACGAGUCGUUUGAAAGGGACCUGAAGAGCGUUUGUACUCGCAACAAGGCAGCCAAGCUUGCCACGGCAUUGACAACCGGAACACUUCCGUGGUCGUCGUUUCCAGAGAUCGUGGAGACGAUCAUGAAAGACAGCACCGAGGAAGACUUGACAAACGGAACACUGGAAUUGGUUUGGAUAGAACACCUCCAGACCGUUCUCAUUCCCUUCCUUACACGCCACGGAGGUGGCCGUAUCGUUUGAACAACAAGGAGCGCAGAAAGUGAAUGCAAGAACUCGUCUGCUAUAGAGCAACGAGCCGACCACGACACUCAGUGAACAAUUGGGAGAACACCAGCAGGGAAAGAAAACCAAGCCUAUUCGAAAUCAACUGGCUGUACAACAAUCAUACAUGUAGUAAAUGAAACGUAGUAGAUGAAACAUCCAACUAAUAUACUCCAGUUAGCCAUGAUCGACUGAGCACGAGUAGCAUCUUGACUCGAUCCCAUCGAUCCACAUCAACUCCACGAAGUUGGGGAUGAAAGACAUUGUAGUUGAUUGGAUCGGAUUCCAGUUUGGACAAGUAAUGCAGUGCCGGAACCAUGGGCAACAGACAGGAACGUCCUGCUUUUGGGAUUUGACCCUGUAAUGACUGCGCCUUUAUCAAAUGGCCCGAUGCCAGCAUUGCCAUUUGUUGGACAGCCUCGUCCCAGUCCAGUUUGUCGCGUUCAUCCGGCCAGGUCGUCUCCUCUGGAUAGUCGGCCAAAUCUUGCAGGAUGCUGUAGGGAAAGGUAGCCGGCAACAAUUCGACAGGGAUUGGGAUUUCCCCCAUCACUACCCGCACGGGUGCAGCUCGUAGAUUGACCAAGACGCCCAUGCCCACUCCGGCAUGAGAUGCCACAAUAUCGGCGUCGUCAUUGCGAAUUCCCAAACAUUCCAGGGUCAGAUAGAGUCGACUACUGACCGAUUCCUCUGCAUACCGCGUGACUUCUUGCAUUGUAUUCCACUGCACCACAUCCACAUCGGCUUCUCUGGCUUCGAUCAGGCGUUCCAAAAACCUCCGCGUCAGUUCCUUGUCAUGGAUUGCCCGUGCCAACGAGGCAGCCACCGGGUCCGCCGCAAACGAAGACAAGGAUGUUGCUGCUUGCUCCAAAGUGCUACUGCCCGUGUAGACUGCAUCGAGGAGAUCUUUCCAUCGUUGAAAUUUGAGCUGAACUGCCAAUGUGCUAUUAUCUGCCCCACCUCGGAGCC